AUGAAAUUUGGUGAAUAUUUACGUAAGAAUUUAACAUCUGAAUGGUCAUCUCAAUAUAUUCAAUAUGAAGAUAUGAAAGAAAUACUUUAUGAAUUUCAAAGUAAAGCUCCAUUAAUCAAUGAAAUUAAUCAAAAUUUAAUUCGUCAACAAUAUUUUACUGAUGCUGAUCAAGAAUUUUUUCAAUUUUGUGAAAAAGAAUUAACAAAAAUCAAUACUUUUUUUGCAGAAAAACUAGCUGAAUCAUUAUUAAGAUUUGAUUUUCUUAAAAAUGAAUUUGAAUAUAUUGAAGGAAAUAGUGAAGAUCGUCAUUUAACAGUAAUUAAUAAAUUAUAUAAAAGUGAUCAAUCAGAUUUAAAUUUCUCAAAUGAAAAUAAUAAAAUGAAAUUACGAGAAUCAAUAUCAAAAAUUCGUUUAAAACGAUUUCAAAAACAUGAACAUAUUAAAUUAAAUGAUUUGAAAUUAGGUUUAAGUGAAUUUUAUUUAAUGUUAAUUAUUUUAAAAAAUUAUCAAACACUUAAUUUCAAUGGAUUUUGUAAAAUAUUAAAAAAACAUGAUAAAUUAUUUGAAACAAAUCGUGGUUAUCAAUGGAGAAUGUUAUAUAUUGCCAAUGCCCCGUUUUAUAAAUCAAUUCGAGUUGAUGAAUUAAUAAAUGAAGUUGAAACUUUUUAUACAAAUAAAUUAGCAAAUGGUAAUAGAAGUCGUGCAAUGGAACGUCUUCGUGUUCCACCAUUAGAAGAAAAACAUUCAUCUAUAGUUACUUUUCGUUUAGGAAUUUCUCUUGGAAUGAUUUUAAUAUUAAUUCCAUUAUUAAUCUUAUUAACAUUAUUAAUUUAUAAUAAUAAAUCAUCAAAAGAAAUUGAUUGGCGUGCUGGACUUCAUCUUUAUCGUUCAUCAUUUUUAAUAAUAUUUCAUAUGAUUUUAUUUGGAAUCAAUGUUUAUGGUUGGUCAAUUAAUGGUGUUAAUCAUAUAUUAAUAUUUGAAAUUGAUCCACGAAAUCAUUUAACAUAUGAACAAAUUCUUGAAAUUUCAACAUUUUUAAUGGUUUUAUGGUUAAUUAGUUUAAAUUUAUUUUUUUUAUUAUUUUAUUAUAAUAUUUAUCCAUUUAUUCAACCAUUAUGUUUAACAAUUCUAUUAAUAUUAAUCUUAAUAAAUCCAUUAAAAAUCUUUUAUAAAAAUUCUCGUUAUUGGUUUUUAAAGAAAUUAUUUCGUGUAUUUAUAGCUCCAUAUUAUCGUGUUGAUUUUGUUGAUUUUUGGCUUGCUGAUCAAUUUUGUUCACUUGAAAUAAUUUUUUUUGAUUUGGAAUAUUUUAUUUGUUUUUAUGUGAGUGAAAAUAAUUUGAUUUCAUCUCAAUCAAUUCAUUCAUCUGUUUGUAAUGGUUCAUCACAAAUAAUUCUUCAAUCAUUUUUUCAAUUUUUUCCAUCAUGGUUUCGUUUUGCUCAAUGUAUUCGUCGAUAUUAUUCAACAAAAGAAAAAUUUCCUCAUUUAGUUAAUGCUGGAAAAUAUUUGAGUACACUUUUUGUUAUUAUUACAAAUGCACUUCGACGUUUUAAUAAUUUUGAUUAUCAUCAAAAUAAAUAUGAAAAUCCAUUUUUAUAUUUAUGGAUUUUAACAUCAUUAAUAAGUUCAAUUUAUAAAUUGAUUUGGGAUAUUAAAAUGGAUUGGGGUUUCUUUCAAAAUAAUUCAAAUGAAAAUAAAUAUUUACGUCAACAAAUUAUUUAUGAAAAAAAAUUUUAUUAUUAUAUAGCGAUUUUAAUCAAUUUUUUCUUUCGUUUUAUUUGGAUAAUAAAUAUAUUUAUUCAUUUUAAUUCAUUAUUUGGAGAAUAUUCAGAUAUUACUGGAUUUUCAUUUGCUUUUAUUGAAAUUGUUCGAAGAUUUAUUUGGAAUUAUUUUCGUUUAGAAAAUGAACAUUUAAAUAAUUGUGGACAAUUUCGUGCUGUUAGAGAUAUUUCUAUUAGACCAACACAUAAUUUUAAUCAAAAUAAUUUACAACAAACUCAAAAUGAUAAUACAAUCAUAACAAUUAAUAAUGAAAUACCAAUGACAACAAUGAAUCAUGAACAAAAUUUAACAAAUUAUUCUUUAAUACGAAGAAAAACGAAUGCAGAAGAAUUUAUUGACGAAAUUAAUAAUCUUUUAAUAAAUAAUAUUAAUUAA